AUGCUCUGUCGGCUCCGGUUCCGGUUUGCGCCGCCGGUCGCCGUGCCAAGUAGCGAUACGCUGGUGUCCAUUCACGUCGAAGUUGUCGACGAGCAUGGCCAAGGCGUCUCGCUGGCGACGGCCACCAAGGCAGCGCAUACCACUGGGUGGUCGCUCGUCGUGUCGGCCGGCGACGCGCCGCCCAUGCGCCUCGACAUGACCGCCGCCCAAAGCCACGGCGUGGUGCGCCUGACACUGCCGUCGUCCGACGCCGCAUUUCGCAUCCAUGCGCGCGCCGUCUCGGUGGUCGAUGCGUGUGCGCCAAUGUACACAGGUCUGCAGGCCUUGACCAGCGCGAGCGCCGUGACGCCGACGGUCCUCGUGCUGCCGCUGUGCUCGACGUGCAUCUCAAGAGGCGACAAGUUCAUUGCCGGCGCCAUACCCAUUGCGCUUCGCGUCUACGAUGCCAACCUCGUCCUUCACGAGACUUACGGUGACGCGAUGGCGGCGCAUCAGUGGGACGCAGGUCUGUGCCUCGCGUCGCAUCUGCAGACGUGGCUAUCCUCGACGCCGCCGCCAACGACCGUGCUCGAACUCGGUGCUGGUUCCGGGCUCCUUGGCCUCGCACUCGCCAAGUGGCUUCCGGCAACGUCGACAGUCGUCCUCACCGAGCGCACGUCCUCGCUGCCCCACCUCAAAGAGACCCUUUGUCGCAAUGCAUCGGUGGUCACCGCACAAGUCCAUGCACUGGCGCUCGACUGGGGCGACGACUGUCCGCUGCAGGCCAUCCGCGCCAUGCUACCGAAAGCUUGUGAUCUUGUCGUGCUCGCCGACGUUCUCUACUGCUGGGAGGCCCACCCGCGCUUGCUAUCCUCGAUAUGCGCGCUGGUGCAGCUCGGCCACACGUCGAUCGUCCUCGCCCACACACACCGCAGCGCGCACAUUUCGGCGCAUAUCGCAGCGCUCGAGACCGACGACGUGACCGUUCGCUGCGGCCAUUGCGACGGCGUAUAUUCGCGUUAA